UCGACAUCUUUACGCAGGUUUGAUGACUACCUUUGGAGAACACAACCCUACUAAUCUUUGUUCAUUCUAAUAGUUAAUCUGAAAAAAAAAAUUAGUCAGCAAUUUUGCAUCUGUUAUCUGAAUUUCUUUUGGGUUUCGAAAGUAGUACUUGGUCACUCAAGAAAAAAAAUGAGGGGAGCUGUUUUCGUAGCGGUUGCUGCAGCUAUUGGGAACCUGUUGCAAGGAUGGGAUAAUUCAGUCAUUGCUGGAUCUGUUCUUUAUAUUAAAAAGGAAUUUGAAUUGGAAAGUGAACCAACAUUUGAAGGGCUAAUCCCAGCCUCAUCGCUCAUCGGAGCCACAUUCAUAACAACAUUCUCUGGACCGGCAUCAGACUGGCUAGGUCGGCGUACAAUGCUAAUCAUUUCAUCGGUUCUUUUCUUCAUUAGUGGUCUGGUAAUGUUGUUGUCCCCCAAUGUUUACGUCUUACUUUUCGCGAGGCUACUAGACGGAUUUGGAACUGGUCUGGCUGUUACACUUGUGCCUGCCUAUAUAUCUGAGAUAGCGCCGCCUGAUAUAAGAGGACGGUUGAAUACCCUUCCACAGUUCAUAGGCUCUGGUGGGAUGUUCUUGUCCUAUUGCAUGGUGUUUGGACUGUCACUGAUGGAUUCGCCGAACUGGAGAUUAAUGCUAGGAGUUGUUUCCAUUCCAUCUCUACUUUAUUUCGCUUUGACGGUGUUUUACCUGCCCGAAUCCCCUAGAUGGCUUGUGAGCAAGGGUCGAAUCCUCGAGGCCAAACAAGUUCUGCAAAGACUUAAUGGCAGGGAAGAUGUUUCAGGUGAGUUAGCUUUGCUAGUUGAGGGUCUUAGCACUGGCAAAGAGACAUCAUUGGAAGAGUUCAUCAUUAGUCCAGCCAAUGUGCUUACUGAAAAUCAGGCAAAUCAAAUACGGCUCUAUGGUCCUCAAGAGGGCUUAUCAUAUAUCGCCAAGCCUGCAACUGGACAGAGUUUAAUAUCUCACCAUGGGAGCGCGUUGAACCAAAUCAUCCCUCUCGUAGAUCCUCUGGUCACUCUCUUUAGCAGUGUCCACGAGAAGAUUUCCGAAAAAGGAAGUAAAGGCAGCAUGCUUUAUCUGAAUCUAGGCAGCAAUUUGAAUGUCGGGGAGUAUCAUAAUAAAAAUGCACACUGGGACAUGGAGAGCCAGACGGAUGGUGAGGAUCACGAAUCUGAAGCCUCUGGGGCUUAUUGCGAUGACAGCUUGAGAAGUCCAUUGAUCUCACGCCAAACAACGAGCAUGGGAACGCCUAGGUCUGGCGGUAGUGCUUUAGGUGUGAGAUGCAAUACAAUCUUGAUGCAAGGAAAUGUAGAAGCUAGUGAGGCAGCUUUCAGUAGUAGUAUGGACAUAGGUGGAGGCUGGCAGCUAGCUUAUAAAUAUUCUGACCGAGUAGGCGAAGACGGAAAGAAUGAAGGAGGAUUGCAAAGAGUGUAUUUGCACCAGGAUAGUGCACUUGGGUGUCGGCCUGCCUCGGUUGUUUCAGUUUCUGGUGUAAGGCAAGAAAGUGAACUCAUUCAUGCUGCUGCUCUGGUUAGCCAACCUGCUGUUUCUGCCAAGGAACUAACAAGUCUGCAUUCUCUUCGACCAGAAGUGGCUCAUCCAUCAGAAGCUGUUGUUAAAAGGCCGACAUGGGGAGAUCUUCUUGAACCGGGAGUAAAGCGUGCAUUAGUUGUUGGGAUUGGACUUCAAAUUCUUCAGCAGAUUUCCGGCAUAAAUGGUGUUCUCUACUACACUCCUCAGUUCUAUCAGCAAGACGGGGUCUCCGUUCUUCUAUCUAAUAUAGGGUUGAAUCCGACAUCUGCAUCUCUCUUCUUAAGUGCCAUCACAACAUUCUUAAUGCUUCCUUGCAUUGCUACUUCCAUGUGGCUAAUGGAUAUAGCCGGCAGAAGGCCAUUGCUGCUCUCCACAUUACCAAUCCUGAUAUUGUCCCUUGCUCUACUAGUACUUGUCAACAUUGUCAACUUGGGAACUGUUGUGAACGCAACAAUCUCCACAGCCAGUGUUGUGGUCUAUCUCUGCUGCUUCGUCAUGGCGUUUGGAGUAAUCCCGAACAUUCUAUGCGCAGAGAUCUUCCCUACGCGUGUCCGCGGCCUUUGCAUUGCCAUUUGUGCCCUAGCACUCUGGAUUGGAGACAUCAUCAUCACUUACUCAUUUCCUGUCCUGCUCUCUUCUGUUGGAUUCACCGGUGUCUUCGGCAUCUAUGUUGUCGGGUGCAUCGUUUCCUGGAUAUUUGUUUACUUGAAGGUGCCUGAGACGAAGGGCAUGCCUUUAGAAGUUAUAUCCGAGUUCUUUGCUGCAGGUGUAAAACCAGCUGCUGCUGAUUCAUCUGCGGAUUCCAAUGAUAAGUGAUUUGAUUGUUUAGAGAGUUUGGAAGUUUGGUUUUAGACUGGGAUUAUGACUACAGGAUUUGAGUUGGAGAAAGUGCUUCUGAGCGGAUUGCUUUUUUUUAAAGUGAUUUUGUAAUCAUCACUAUCCCUCCCUUAAUGCCGCACAAGUAUCUUUGACACCAAAGUAUCAAUUCUCUUGGGUCAUAGA